CAGACGAGAUUCGAGUUUCCACAAAUCAACCCUAAUACUAGUCUUCUCGAGUUUCCACAAAUAAACCCUAAUACAUAUCUUCUCCAGCUACAUAAAUGCCCCACCCAAAACACAUGAAAGCAGACUGAUCAAGAAGCAGAAUUCUCAUUCAAUGAUCAUGAACAACACCAAACAAAUGUCGACCCAGUUUCUCCUCUCUCUCCUCUUCCUCUUCUUCUUCCUCUCCCACCCUAUCUCUACCAUCGGAGCUCCAUCUAAUGACAAUAUCCAGGCCGCGAAGGAUGCCAUCAGCGCCGGCCUAACCAGUGCUAAGAACACGGCCGACUACGUCUCUAAAAUCCCCCACCAACCAGACCCGCGCACAGCAGACGCCCUUAGCAGCUGCACAGAGGUCUUAGGCAACGUCGUCGAUAGCUUUGGCGACUCACUUAAGCAGAUGAAAGAGCUCGACGCCCCUGGCACCCCGUCAUUCCAGCUCCAGAUCAGUAACGUGUUGACAUGGUUGAGCGCUGCGCUUACCGACGAGGAUACUUGUAUAGAAGGCUUCAAGGGUGUGGCGGAAGGGCCAGUGAAGACCGACGUGUCCAAUCGGGCGCAAGAGGUGGAGAAGCUUACUCACAAUGCGCUUGCGCUCGUCAAUAAUCUUAAGGCCGCGCCUUAAUCAAGCCUACCUCUCGUUUCAAAUGUUAAUUAUACAUGUUGAUCUAUUAUGCACAACCACCAAAUGUCACCAUAAGUGUAACUAUAAUCAAAUUAUGAAAAACUGGAUCGCCAAUAUGAUUAGGCAUUACUAAAA